CUUAUUGCCCAGGUGGCCACCUAUCACGGGACCACGCUUGGAGUCACUGAGCUCCUGAGAGCGACCCAUUCUUUCACCAAUCCCGGCGGUCGGUGGUCUCCGGUGAGUCAUCUCUCCGAUACUCUUCCUGCACCGAUACCGGCUGUGAGUUUUUGGUGACGUCAGGCGGAGCGGAGUAUUGGUGACGUCACUGUCUCACCUGGGAGGGCGGGGGGCGGUAUAAUAAGGGGCGGUCGGGGCUCAGGUGCGCUCAGUACGGUCGGUCGGUCGGUCGGAGAGUGAAGAUGGCGAACUCCGGGCUGCAGAUGUUGGGCUUUGUUCUGUCUCUGAUCGGAUGGAUCGCGCUGAUCGCAGCGACUAUAUGCCGCAAUGGAGGAUGUCAUCGUACGCCGGAGACAACAUCAUCACCGCGGUGGCCAUCUACCAGGGACUGUGAUGAGCUGCGUGACCCAGAGCACGGGGCAGAUCCAGUGCAAGGUGUACGACUCCCUGCUGCAGCUGGACGCUGCCCUACAGGCCACCCGUGCUCUCAUGGUGGUCGCCAUCAUUCUCGGGAUAUUCGGCAUGGCCAUUUCCACCAUGGGGAUGAAGUGCACCAAAUGUGGGGGAGAUGACAAGGUGAAGAAAGCACGGAUCGCCAUGACCGGAGGCUUUGUCUUCCUGGUGGCGGGUCUGGCGGCCCUCAUUGCCUGCUCCUGGUAUGGAAAUCAGAUUAUCCGGGACUUCUACAACCCACUGACUCCCGUAAAUACAAAGUAUGAAUUUGGUGCCGGUGUAUUCCUUGGCUGGGCUGGCUCCUUCUUGGUUCUUAUUGGUGGCGCUCUCCUGGCUUGCUCGUGUCCCCGGAAAUCCGGCUACAACACCAAAGGUUACCCGAAGACGGGAGGAGCACGGACCAAGGCUUCAUCUGGUGGCAAGGACUAUGUCUGA